GUUUUACUGGUAGUUAUUAUUUCUCUGCCAAUUGUGAGGCGGGAUAAUUACCAGCAGUUUCAGCUGAGCUAUCAGUCCAAACAGACCCGAGUGUCGUCAUAUUCAUUGCUCAGGUCACAAGACGGACACCCUUUCUACGUCAAGUCGAUACACUGGCAGCCGCGCUUGGGGCUUUUAUAGAGGGCUGCGCUCGACGCGUCGGCCGGUCCGUCUGCAGGGAUCGGACCCGUCGCCCGCCAGGGUAUAUUGAGAGAGGUCGCCCGUCCGUCACCUCCGCCCAGUCGGUGCUGAGAUGUCCGUUGGUAGCGGACCGGUCGCCAGCCACCUCCUCUAGCCCAGUCGGAGCUCGGCCGCUGGAGCGGUGGCAGGUGGGGCGGCGCCGCGGCGUUGGGCCGGUCCCAGCGGUCCGCCGGCAGCGUCGCCGUCCAGCCAGUCAUAUAUCCAGCGGUCAUACGGCAGCGUCGCUGCUCAGUCAGUCAGUCACCAGCGGUCAGACGGCAGUAUCACAGCUCAGCAAAUCAGUCAGUCCGCCAGCAGUGCUGUCGUUCAGUCAAGUCAGCCCGAAUCUGUGUCUUGUGCUGGGCUAUACCGUACCGGGACGUGUUGAAUUUUCUACACUUCAAGUCCAGAUUUCAGUGUUCCAAACGCCAGGAAGUAGGCGUCAUCGGAUAUUUUCAGCGCGAAAGCCUGAAUGCACGAACCAUUCUGCAGCUAUUGGAGCAGAACUUUUCAGGAAAGAUAUCUAGUCCUUAGAGCCCUGGUUCCAGAAGCCACGGUUCUCAGAAAUCCAAGAGCUCGGGACCCAGCCCUCUAGAGACAGCAGUGCUCCAGAAAGCACGGCUCCAGGAACUCCAGCCUCCAGGGACAGGUGCUCCUCGACACUCUUGGAAUCACCACACUGCCAAUCAGGAACCAUGAAGCCUGCCGAGCGUACUGAUGGAAAGCCAAGAAGAGCCCGCGCCCUGUUCGACAACCGCUCGGAGAGCGCUGACGAGCUGGCGUUUCGGCGCGGCGACCUGCUGACGGUGCUGGCGACGAACAGGGCGCCGCCGGACGGCUGGCUGCUCUGCUCCCUCCGGGGUCAGCAGGGUCUGUGUCCGGCAAACCGCCUGCUUAUGCUAGCUGAUUCGACCUUCGACGAGUCAGAGCCUAAGGUCAAAUUGAGAAGGGCUCACAGCAUCCAUAACUCCACAAGGACGAGCAAUCCGCAUGUCACAUUGCAGAAGGGCCAGCUCCGGAGGACUGCUAGCAGUCUGUCUGGUUAUCGUCCCUCCAGUCUGCCCGACACGAGGACCUGCAGUCCCGGGACGUACGACACACCUCCCAGCCCUCGGCUGGCCCUGAGGGCGUCUCCGCCACUGGAGUACGACGUGCCGAGGCCGCCGUCCGCCUCUGACCGCUCCCCGAGGACCCUGGGUGCUGCUAUCGCUCCCUCCCCGCCACCCCGGCGCCUCAUAGCGGCAGAACGCUCCGCCAGAGCGGCGGAGCUCAGCCGGAACGGGGACGUCGGCCUCAGUGGAGCCAGGCAGCCUGGAAAUGAGACCCAACGCAACAGCUCGGAGCUCGUUGGAAGCACCGCCCUUUCAGAAAUGAGUCGCGUUUCGAGUGAUGAUUUGACUGGGUCUAGCAAUAGCUCUCAGGCUGGAGGCACUAAGCUUGUGUCUCCUGAACCCAUACGAACUUCUGAUAUGUCGUUUGAAGAGCAAGAAAGGCAAAUGAAUGCUGUUCUUGAUGAACUACUUGCCUGCGUCAAGGCAGAUAAACCACGGGUUCCAUCUCCACCCAGCAGGUGGCAGGGCAAUCGCUCCACCGUUUCCUCAGCUCGGCCUGAGUCGGAUAACGUCGACAGCAUCGAAUCGUCGCCGAUGACGAGUCCGUGCUCCUCACAACGGUUCUCAGACAGUACGAGCUCCAGCUGGGCAAUGGCGACAUCUAUCGGCCCGACGGCAGCGCCACCUGCGCAGCAUACAGCAGCGCCAUCUGUGUCACACCUGACCUUGCUCCGACUGGAACGGGAGGUCCUCUGCGCUCUCAGACGCCUUCAGGCGCCCUGUCAGUGCCCUUCAGUGGUAGCAGCGGCUCUCUCCUUCCAACUAAACGUCACUCGGCUGCACUCAGCUCUGCAGGAUCUGCUCCUAUUCAUCGACUGCGCGACAGGAACGGCACCCGAGCAGGCGGCGUUGGAGCGUGCCCUGAAGCCGCUACGAGACGCCAGCCGUCAGCUGGACAGAGCUGUAAGCCAACAGGACGCGGCCGGGUGGACACUGGAGUCUUCAGAUGGUUCCAGAGAGGGUGGGGAUGACGGCAUUGAAGAUCUGCAGACGGCUGUGAUGACGCUGACCUCUCAACUUCCUUUGUUCGGUCUCGGCGGUGCAAAUAGUUUUCCCUCCCUUCACCACCGUAGUCUUCCUAACCAAGGACACUGCUUACCACCCCUAUUCAUCUCUCCCAGCGACGGCGACCCUCUGUCCUCGUUCCAGCGCAGUCAGAGUGGCUGCCACCGGCGCCAACUCCGGGAGGCUCUCGGUCAGCUGAUGCGCGCCGCACACGACCGGCAGCCCGUCUCUGUGCUCCCGGCGCUCUGCAAGUUCGUCGUGCUGAGCGCUCACCGGCUGGUGAUGGUCGGUGACGAGGUCGGAGCCGCCGCCGGCGACUGCAGCGCCGGCUGGAGGACUCUGACCGCCUCCGAUCGGCUGUUUGUGGCCCUGCGGCGGACCCUCAGCGCCACCAAGGCGGCCGCGGCCGGAGGACGAAACGAUAGUUGUGAUGCCGUCCGAGAGAUGGCGGACGCGACACAGGUGCUGGCCGAGGCUGCAGCCGUGCUGGACAGGCACGUGAAUCAAUAUUGUGCGGCCCAGGAGGGCGACCUCUGCUGAAAAUAUUCGCUGUCUAACUGUUUUUGAUGAUGUGGACUUUGUGCAGCCAUUCUGAGCUAUGUCACGGCCGGUUAACAUGCUUUGCACGCUUUAUGUGACGCCUCACCGAAUAAGAACGACUAAUUCCGCGAGCUGACAGGACAGCGCAGGUGUUUGUCGAUAGUGUGCUUCCGAUAAAUAAAAAAGUGGUACGAAA